CACCAUUCCCCCGUCCGUGCACCACCCUGACUAAGCAAUAUUUUCCAACCCUCCAUCCAAACCAUCAAGGUCCGCGCAACACGCCAGCACCCAAUCCACGCCCUCCCAAAUCGCUCUCCCCCACCGGUCCCGCCAAAAUGCUCGCCCGUGCCCUCCUCCUGCCCAUCCGGCGCACCCUCUUCGCGCGCCCCGCCCGCCCCUUCCACACAUUCACCUGCGCCUCACGGCCCACGGCGUGCCACUCGCCCACACACAGCCUGCUCACACGGUUCAGUGGCCUGCGGAUCGGCGCACAGAGCGAAUCGCGGACCGGCGCGCUGGUGCAGCAGACGCGGGGCAUGAAGGUGCGCAGCUCGGUCAAGAAGCUGUGCGACGGGUGCAAGAGCGUGCGCAGGAAGAAGGGGCGCUAUGUGUAUAUCAUUUGCUCCAAGAACCCGAAGCAUAAGCAGAGGCAAGGAUAGUUUAUGGGUGGAUGAGAUUGUGCGCAAAGGGAUGGCGGACGCCGGCGAACAGGAUGAGAUGGAUGGACGAAGAAGCGGGAUGGAUCGGGCAGCUUGGAGAUGGGCAUGACGGGCAGCGGUUGUAACAUAAGUGUACAUAUCGGCACGAAAUGGCGUUAGACGAUUAUAUGUACAAGUACUGACACACGCAUUAAUGAAGUGAGUUUAAUUGCA